GCGUGCGAAGUGUAGUUUUUAGCUUCUCACACUCGGCACAUGUUGAAAUUUUAGUGUGAACUGAUCGUUGACGUCCUCUCCGUAACAGACGCGGUGUAGUGAAGGACCAUCGAGUCACCAGUCUCUUCUUUCUCUCGUACUGCCAAAGUGUGAUGCAAACUAUGCAAAAAGUCAUGAAGGUUUUCGUUACGAGGCGCAUCCCACAAGAAGGAACGAAGAUCCUGUCGCAGGCUGGAGUAUGUAAGGUGUCUGUGUGGGACUCGGAUGAACCAGUACCAAGGGCAGAGCUUCUGAAGGGUGUGGAGGGGGCUCAUGGACUUCUGUGUCUGCUCUCAGAUAAGAUUGAUUCUGAGGUUCUGGAUGCUGCUGGGCCAAACCUGAAGGUGAUCAGUACCCUGUCGGUGGGAUUUGAUCAUUUGGCUCUUGACGAGAUCAAAAAACGUGGUAUACGCGUUGGAUACACUCCUGAUGUCCUGACUGAUGCUACAGCUGAACUCACUGUUUCUCUGCUCCUAGCCACCGCUCGGAGAUUACCAGAGGGAAUUGAAGAGGUUAAGAAUGGUGGCUGGAGUACAUGGAAGCCACUUUGGCUGUGUGGUUAUGGUCUCUCUGGGAGCACAGUAGGAGUCAUUGGACUGGGACGCAUCGGUAUGGCAAUUGCUAGGAGGCUUAAGCCCUUUGGAGUGAAGAGGCUGCUGUACUCUGGGAGAACAGCCAAACCCCACGCUGCCGAGGUUGGCGGCGAGUUCACACCCUUGGACACGCUGGUAUCUGAGAGUGACUUCAUCGUUGUGUCCUGCUCCCUCACACCUGAAACCCAGGGACUGUGUGACAAGGCAUUCUUCAGCAAGAUGAAGAAAACUGCCAUCUUUAUUAACACGAGCAGAGGGGGAGUGGUGAACCAGGAGGCUCUGUACCAGGCUUUGGCCAGUGGUCAGAUAGCUGCAGCUGGACUAGAUGUGACAUCACCCGAGCCGCUCCCAACAGACCACCCACUUCUAACACUCAAAAACUGCGUGGUUUUGCCACACAUCGGAAGUGCGACCUACGCCACGAGGGGCGUCAUGGCAGAGCUGUCAGCCCGUAACCUGCUUGCAGGCUUACAGGGCACUGACAUGCCCAGCGAACUCAUCUUUUAGAGCCUCUCACCAAGCCACUGCUCAUGGUCUCUUAUGGGUCUCCCUGAAUACCAUGAGGUCCGAAUCAGAAAGCAUAGCUAGUAAUUAUAUAGGAAUGGUCUCCUAUCUAAAAUAAGUGUUGAAUGAAGGACAGUACGGUAUGACCGUGAGGAAAAUUGACAACACUAAUGUAGUUCAGAUAUACUCAGCUACAGUGUGGGUAUAAACUUAAUAUUCUGAUCCCUUUAUAAUUUACUAGAGGGUUUAAACUGUUAACAUGCUAGAUGUAUUUUGAAGUAGGAACAGCUCAGCGCUGUUUUUUUUUCUUCAAAUUUUAAACAUAUAUUUGGCCUCGUGAACAUCAUUUAGAGCCAAGUGAAUAAACUAACAGCACUCCUUAACUACAUCUGUAAGCAACAAGCACUGUCGAUGUUUAGUCAUUAAAUGUUAAUACUGCAGUUUAAGUACAGCACUUCCAUUCGGGCAGAUUACAAACAUGCUUUCCUUGAAGUGAAAUGUCCUCUAUUCCCGUUCCAUGUUUGUUAGAGACAUAUAAAACCCUCGCUCGGUCUGUAUCUGAACUGCAUGCUGAUGAAAAUGUUCCAUGUCUACCUCGUCUUGACUAAAACAGCCAAUCACUCCAAUGCUGUCACAAAUAGAUUUUUUUUUAAUUUGCCUCUAAAAAAUAACAGGUGAGGAUAAAAAUGUGAAAAUUGAAUGUUUAUUCAAUAAGUGCUCAGUGGCAAGGGAAUUAAUAAAUACAGUACAA